AUGGACAGGCUCCGCAGAGCUCGCCGACCACCCCUGCCCAACGCGCUCCGCGUCCAGCGCGUCGGACGAGAUGACGUGCUCGCGACUAUCAUCAUCGGCCUCGAAGCAACCCGCGACGGAGUUGAUGGACUGAGCGCAGUGCCUUUCCUUGGCGGCAUAGUAGGAGCGGUGCUAGGCAUUGCGAAGGCGGCCCAGCAAGUGGGUUCCACUCAGGACGACUUCCUUCAAGUUGCGGAGCGUGCCGACUCCCUGGUGAAGCACAUCCAGAAGCAGGUCGAGAGGCUGAACCCCCACGAUACCGUCGAUGACAUCGAGACCAACUUAUCAACGUUGUUCGCGACGAUGUCCUCCAUCCGUCAAACGGUGGAGAGGCAGGUAGAACGCGGAGUGCUCGAUCGUUUCAUGCACAGAUCAUCUAUUAGCUCGGAGCUGAAGAAGUGCGUCUACUCCCUGGACAGCGCUUGGCGUUCGUUCGAUACGGCGAUGUUGCUCUCGGUGCACAGGAAGCUCGAGACGCACAGCACACACGAUCCGCAACUGAAGGUUCGCCGGUUGUUCUGGGACGAUCUCCAGCUCGACGACAACCGUGGCAGCUACUAUCUAAACGAGGACCUCGAGGGCGAAGAGUUCUUGGGUCGCCUCAACCAACGGCCCGUCAUCAUUCGGACAAUAACAAAGAAGGACGGCAAGCCGAAGGAGGAAUAUUAUCAGGAAGUCGUCAAGUACCAUCCCGACACAGACGGCCCGCACGCGCGCAUCGCGCAGGUUCUCGGAGUGGCGCAUCCUUGUUUGGACAGGCCGUUUUACGUUCUCGAGGCUGGCCUCAACGACCGCGGGGAUGUCGUAUUUCAUAUAUCCGACCUGUCGAACACGUGGUGGAACUGCGUCGCGGAGAGUCUCCAACGGCUGUUUGCUGAGAGUCGCGGAAUGCGCAUGCAAAAGAAGUGGAAGUGCGGUAUGGGAUUCCAUCACCUUUCGAGGUUCGGAUACCAUCUUCAACGGGAGGUUUGGCGUCCUCCUCAAGAUAUGCAUGCUCGCAACAUCAUUUUCGAUGAGAUCGCCUUCAAUGACCUCAAAGCCCAAUCUGUGCAAGAAUUUCCUGACGUUCCCGGUACCAAAGUCGGUGAUUUCGGCUAUUUUCAUGUGGACGGGGGUGGCAAGCAGCACUUCGCCGUUCUUGGACACAUAGAAGAUAUGUUUCACGCUCUACUUCCUAUGAACUACGACGAACUUGAAUGCCGUGAAUUUGCUCUUGACGAAGAUCCGAAGGGAUUAGUCAGAUGCGAAGUUGAAGUCACAAUUGCUAUCCAGUACCGUUGCUUUUUCUGGUGCCAGGCCGCUCGCAUCGCUCAAAAGCACGGCCUUGAAGUGACGGAUAUAGUGUUUCUUGCAGGGAAGUACUAUAACGCGGAAUGCGACAUCGAAAGUGCCAUGGCAUUGGACCCAGCAACUGCCCAUGCUGAUACGUGUCUCGAUCCCGACUGUGACUUAGAUCACGAUCCAUUCGCGGUUUAUUUUUACGAGUACUUGGUCGGCCGAUACUGCGAGCUCCCUGGACCAUGGGGUUUCUGGUCUUUCGAGGAAGAGUGUCAUCCGCCUUACGCGUGCAUCUCGACCCAAGACGGAAUGGAGGACAUACUUCGCCAGAGGUAG